UUCAAACUGCCAGUUUGUCCCUGUGUCGACAAAUAAGAGACCAACAAUUGUGGCAUCACCAAAAACAAAGCAAGGGGUGUGGGGCACAACACAGACUAUCAUUAGAAAGUUGCAAAAACAAGUGCCGUGUUUAGGUGCUACACUUUUUGAAGCUCAUCCCAAAGAGAUGAUCCAUGCUAGCAUGCUGCCACGUGUGAAGAAAAGGCCAAGGCCAGUUGAGGCUGGUGCUCGGGGUCAGGAAGAGGUCAAGUUCAAUGAGGUGACGGUGUACCUGGUGGAGAGGAAGAUGGGCAGCAGUAGAAGGAGCUUUCUGACCAGCCUGGCCAGGUCAAAAGGCUUUAGAGUGGAAUACGCCCUCAGUGAUGAGGUCACCCACGUGGUGGCAGAGGAUAACCAGGCCGGGGCAUUGUGGGCAUGGCUACGGGGGAGUGGUCUGAGGGAUGUCUCCAGACUGCAGGUGCUGGACAUCUCCUGGUUCACGGACAGCAUGAGAGAGGGGAGACCUGUCACUGUGGAGACCAGGCACUGUAUUCCGGAUACUUCAUCCACAGUGACAGAAUGUUCUCCACCCACUGCUGCUGCCAGCGUUUCUCAAUACGCAUGUCUGAGACGGACAACCACGGAAAAUCACAACAAGAUAUUCACGGAUGUGUUGGAGGAGCUGGCGGAGAAUUCUGAGUUCAAUGAAAGUAAGGGUCCAUGUCUGGCAUUCCGGCGAGCAGCCUCAGUCCUGAAGAGUCUGCCAUCAGCAGUGCACUGUCUGGGGGCCAUCCAGGGCCUCCCCUGCCUGGGUGAGCACACCAAGGCUGUCAUGGAGGAGAUCCUUAUAUUUGGCCGCUCCUUUAAAGUUGAAGAGGUACAGAGUGAUGAACGAUAUCAGGCACUUAAGCUGUUCACCAGUGUGUUCGGGGUUGGACCCAAAACUGCUGAGAAGUGGUACCGCAGAGGGCUGCGCUCACUCAAGGAGAUUCUGGCCGAGCCCAACAUCCAGUUGAACAGGAUGCAGAGAGCUGGUUUCCUGUAUUACAGGGACAUCUCCAAGGCUGUCAGUAAAGCUGAGGCCAAAGCUCUUAGAAGCAUCAUUGAAGAGACUGCCCAUUGGAUCGCACCAGAUUCUAUACUGGCCCUGACAGGUGGCUUUCGCAGGGGGAAGGAGUACGGGCACGAUGUGGACUUCCUGUUGACCAUGCCUGAGAUGGGAAAAGAAGAGGGGCUACUGCUUCGUGUGAUCGACAGACUUAGAGACCAGGGCAUUCUGCUAUACUGUGAGCACCAGGGCUCCACCGUUGACAUGAGCAAGCUGCCUAGUCGCAGGUUCGAGGCCAUGGACCACUUCGAGAAGUGCUUCCUGAUCCUGAGACUGGAGGAGGGACAGAUGGAGAGGGAUGGAGGGCUGCAGAAGGACCCAGGGGAGAGCAGGGGCUGGAGGGCCGUACGGGUGGACCUGGUGGCAACACCUGUUGACCGCUAUGCCUUUGCCCUCCUGGGCUGGACUGGCUCCAGGCAGUUUGAGAGAGAUCUGAGGAGGUUUGCCAGGAAGGAGAGGGGGAUGUGUCUUGACAACCACGCCCUGUAUGACAAAACCAAGAAACUAUUCCUACCGGCAACUUCAGAGGAGGAUAUCUUUGCCCAUCUGGGUUUGGAGUAUGUGGAGCCCUGGCAGAGAAACGCAUAACCAUGUUUCCCUCACAGACACCCAUACAAUGCCACCUUGGCUACAUACUGUACAUCACUCCCAUCUGUCUACCCGCUCGGCUACACACUACUGCAAUCUCAUUUCAAAGAGCCUAAUCUGGGUUGAUUUCUAUACUUGUGUUCUGUUGUUGGACUAGAUGCUGAUGUAUGAUUCAUCAUUUUAGUCUUUUCAUCAUGCCUGGCUGCUUUCUGUUAGCCUCUUAGCGAGUAAACAUUCUGCUCUGUCAUUCACAACACACUUUUCUCUGAGCAUUCUUGUCUAUGUGACUGAUACAAAGCUAAAUCAACAAAUGAAUUGCCUGUGGUGGCUGCGAGGUAAAAAGGGAGAGAGGAGAGGGGUAUAAGCGUGGGCGAGAGAGAGAAAGCCUCAUCGAGAAAAAUGGUUGUAAUCAACCUCCUCCUGGCAGGAGAGCGCUCAGCACGAACCGGAGCCAAGCCUCCUGGGAAUGGAGAGGUGGGUAAUGAGCUGCAGAUAGGGGAGCAUUCAGCAUCCCCGUUUAGCCUCCGUUUGAGCCUCCACAUCCACUGGAGAUCAUUUAGCAACCGCUCACAACAGCUACAGCCUUCUACGCUCAGUCCACUGUCACAAUCAAUCCCUUUCCCGGGCACAGGACUGAAUUGUGCUGAUUAAGGCCAAUCAACUGAGCUGGACAAGCUGCAGUGACCAGGGUUCAUAUGACAAGUCAGUUCACAUUGUAAAUGCAAUGUUGGUUAUUAAGAUAGAUGUUGACAUUUGCAAACAUUUAUCCCAAUAUACAGUAACUUAGUGAGUGUGGCCGUUUUAAUGGCCUCUUGUUAGGAAGCAUGGUAUUAUUCUUCCCCACGGUAGCUUUGAGGGACAUACAGAUUCAUCUGCUUGAGAUAUACUGUAAUGGCCUGCUGUCCUGUCCACAAUCUUGCCCAGUUUCCCCAUGAUGCUCAGGUAAAGCACAUCCCAUGGUAUCUCCGAAAGUGCAGAUACUAUACUGUACGUCACUGGGGCUAUCGCAUCCUUGUGAAGAACCCUAUUUAAAGAUCUUUAAGUAGAGCAUCCCAGGCACAUUGAGGAGUCGACCCCAGGGCCUAGCUCUCACUCCCUUUACCCUCUCUCCCCUAUCCAGGCUGGUCGGUCAAACAGAGAGAUUGAGCUCACAGUUUCAACAUCACUGUGAAGGUCCAGUUGAGGAAGCGUAACUAAUACUGCAUGGACAAAUACUUUUAAAGCUGUGAUGUCUUCAGUAAUUACUAUGGGAUUUAGUCCUAACAGUUUCACAAUCUUUUAGCAAUUUUCUAGGAUUUAAAUCCCAUUAGUUCUGACCUGAAAUGGUCCUGUCUGCCUUAACAAUUAAAGAGGAGUGCUCCUACAUAUCACACACAUUUAAGUGUGUUUUCUGUGGUACAAGGUGAGGAAUAUACUAAAAGUACACAAGUGUGACAGAUACCAGUGUUUAUGGAGGUGUACUACUGGCCAUUUCAUUCAUACAUUGUUGUGUUUGUUUGCUCUGCUUUGCAAUAAAUCAACAGACCAUUCAACAGACUCUCAUUGCUACCACCAGUGAAAUAAACUGUUAACUGUUAUUAUAAUAUGUUCAGAACCUCAAUAAACAAAAUUACAAGGGAGCAUCAACCAAUUAUCCAAUAAUGAAAAUGCAUGUUGUCCAGGGCCCAGUGCUUCAAAAGUAAUCUGAUCAGAUUUUGGCAAUCGCUUAGAAUGAAAUCCAUAGAAAUAGAAUGAA